AUCGUGGCUGUGAGAAGUUGCAUAUUCUAAUUAAAUAGGAAGUCAAGAGUUACGGUUAAAUAAGCAAAGAAUCUUGGCUAGCUCUAAGUUCAUUGUUAGAAGCUGCAAUGCUGCUGCUACCUCUGUUUUUGCUGACCUUUUCCUUGGGAACGAAAUCCACUGAAGCGGCUCAAAUACUGGGCUUGUUUCAACAUCCCGGCAAGAGUCACUUUGACUUCUUUAGACCAAUGUUUUUGGCCUUGGCGGAAAGGGGUCACAGCAUCAGCAUGUAUAGCUAUUUUCCACUGGAGAAACCAGUGGCCAACUACACGGACUACGUCUUCCAGGGAAUGCCCCUGCUCACCGAUAUUGUGGACUUAAAAAAUUUUGAAUCGGAAUGGAAGCCAUUGGGACUGCCCUUCAAGGUGCCCACGUAUUUUAUGCUCAACGAUUGGGGCCUGCGUUCCUGUCAGGUUGCCUUAAAUUCCCCGCUCAUCGCCCAGCUGCUGGAAUCGCCCAUUCGCUAUGAUGUAAUAAUCCUGGAGAAUUUCUCCAACGACUGCAUGGCAGCGGUGGCUCACCUGCUGAAAGCACCUGUGAUUGCCUUGAGUAGCUGUGCAAUAAUGCCAUGGCACUACAAACGAAUGGGCAGUCCGUUCAUUAACCCCAUCAUGCCCAUGAACUUCCUGCCCUACACAGAUGACAUGGGUCUGAUCGAUCGGCUGAAUAAUUUCUUCCAUUUUCACACUGUGAACACACUUUACAAUUUGAUUACCCAACCAGCUACCGAUGCACUGAUCGCUCAGAGAUUCGGACCCGGAUUGCCACCCAUCAAUGAGAUCGUGAAGAAUACGAGUCUCAUGAUUAUCAAUCAGUACUAUGCCCUAACCGGACCACGCCCCUAUGCUCCGAAUGUGGUGGAAGUGGGCGGGCUGCAAGUGGGACCAUUAAAACCAUUGUCACGACAUCUCUUAGAUCUGUUGGAUCGCUCUACCAAUGGAAUCAUCUAUAUCAGUUGGGGAUCCAUGGUCAACACCAGUACACUACCCUCAGCCAAAAGAAAUGCGCUUUUCCGGAGCAUUUCCCAGCUGAAAGAAUACAACUUUGUGAUGCGCUGGAAAGGUGAUAAAUCUCUGCCAAAAGAUAAACCCUCGAAUCUUUACACCUUUGACUGGUUGCCCCAAAGAGAUUUGUUGUGUCAUCCGAAGGUCAAGGGUUUUAUAUCGCAUGGAGGACUUUUGGGCACCACGGAGGCGGUUCAUUGUGGAGUUCCCAUGCUGGUGACACCUUUCUAUGGAGAUCAAUUUCUUAAUGCCGGUGCCAUGAAACAGCGGGGCUUUGGAGUCAUCGUUGAUUUCAGUGAUUUCGAUACUGAUCACAUAACUAGGGGACUGCGAAUUAUACUCGAUCAAAAAUUUGCGGAUAAUGUUCGUCGGUCUACUGAAGCCUUUCGCGAGCGGGCAAUUCCCCCUCUCGAAUUGGCUAUCUGGUGGAUCGAGCAUGUGAUAAAAUCGGGGGGAGCCCCUCUCAUCCAAAGUGAAGCCAGACAUAUCAACUGGAUCGUCUACAACUCGAUCGAUGUUUACAUGUUCUGGCUGGGAGUCAUAUGUCUACUGAUCGUCGCCCUCUGGAAGCUCAUUAGGGGAAUCAGAUCAGUUUUCGGUCGGGGAAAAACCUCAAGAGAUACUAAAACAAAGCAACAAUAAAUUAUUAGUUCAAUGAACUAAAUACGCUUACAACAAAAACAAGUUUCAAUUUUAAUUAGACAGAUGAUAAUUUGAAAAACGAAACAUUUUAAUACGGACAGUGUUUACAUGUUUUGAAACAUUUAAAAACAUAAUUCAAUGCGUUUUGUUAGUGUGUCAAUGAAAAUGGAACACUCCAUAAAAUAUUAAAUAUUGGAAUCAAAAGCA